AUCUGAUUGGUCGUUGAUGCGAUUGGUGCCGCAUGGUGAGCACUAUCACUCGUCAUGGCUACCUCUUCGAUUGCUGCUGCUGAUGGCGGCGCCUGUACGUCCACCGAGGCGCCUCGCCUGCCUUACGUCAUCUAUGAGGGCGACACAGUUAUCUGCCAGACCAGCGACGGCCGAAUGUUCUUCCAAGCCGUCGCCAAGGACGAGUCCAUCCGCGUCGGCAAGAAAGUGGCAAACUUGAAACCAGUCAUUGGCUCUUUCUACGGGUAGAAUAUUAUAAAGCGAUGGACACUAUGAGUAAUGAGACUAAUUAUGUAUACCAAUAUUGUAAACAGUGCCGUCUUUGAGGAGCAAAACAAGAAACUGGUGAAGGUGACGGGUGGAUUGUUCCCAGACCCCGUCGCUCCAGAAACGGGUGAUGGUUUUGUGCCGGAUGGAGACAACCGUCACUAUGCGGACACCAACUCGGCGCAGACGCUAAAGCAGACUGACAUUGGCGAGCUCCGUGAGAAAGGAGCGUCUGGUAAAGAAAUUAUCCAGAAGUUGGUGGAGAACAGCUCCACGUGGGAGACCAAGACAGAAUUCUCCAAGCAAAAAUACCUCAAGAAGAAGCAACAGAAGUACAUGCCUCGUGUGCGUUUCUUGCGUUGCACAGCCGAGUCGCUAUGCCGCACGUAUAGGCUGAAAAACCCAGCCAAGAUCUGCAAUUUACGUGAGGAUUCGCUGGGUCAAAUACUGGUCUACGGCAACAUCUUCGCAGGUGGCCAAGUGCUGGUUGUGGAUACCUGUAUGGGUCUGGUAACAGGUGCCAUUGCAGAGCGUCAGGGAGGCUCUGGACGCAUCAUCUGUCCCUACGAGGGCCAGCAGCCUGCUGCAGACAUUCUCCGUCGUUUUAACUUUGAUAAACGAACGCUCGAGUCCAUUCACUACAUGCCGUUCAAGCAAGUGCGAUUGCUUGAGAUGGAGGAAGAAGAUGUGGUGGAACCUGCCAAGGUCGCGAGAGACGGUUUGACGCCGGAGGAGCGAGAGCAACUUGCUGCGGAACGUGCCAAGAACUUCACGCCGGAGCAGCAGAAACGCUAUGCCGAAAAGAAAGCUCGUCGCGAACAAACGAAGCUUUUCCGUCAGAAGCCGUCGACGAUUCGCGAGUGGGCUCGUGAGAAGUCCGACAGUCUCGUAAUAGCGGCGAGCUAUGACCCCGAGGAGGUUUUGAUGGCGCUGCUGCCAUAUCUGGGCCGAUCCAAGCCAUUCGUGGUCUACUCGGAGUUCCUGGAGCCGUUGACCCGGACGUUCGCCACGCUCCAGAAGAUGGAAGCUAUCAUUGAUCUCCAGCUGAACGAGACCUGGACGCGUGAGAACCAGGUGCUGCCUGGUCGUACUCACCCAGAGAUGAACAUGAGUGCUUGCAGUGGGUAUUUACUCUCGGGAAUUAAGAUCCUGGACAUCCCGCCGCUUAGAGCCACAUCAAACGUCUCACUGAACGAGCGAGACACUGACAGUGCAGAAUCUGACGAAGCUCCGGCCAAAAAGAAGCUCAAGAAUGAGUUCAGUUAGAAUGCACCGUGUGCACCACACCCGAGAGGACCUUUAUAGAUCAAAACUUAAAAAAAAAUAUAUACGGCCCUACUCAGUGAAUGCCAUGUCGAAUGAGAUCUCUCAAUGACACAGCGU